GUUGAACCUGGGAAGAAGAUGGAGUGGGGGGAAGGUGGUUUUACUUUUUUUUUAUUAUUAUCAUACAGUAAUUGGAAAUAAAUUGGAUUGGGCUCCCUCGAAUAGAGGCUGCUUUGCCUGCGAGGGUGGUCGGGGGACAGUUCUCCCAGAACCACGGCGCUGUGGGUCAGGAGGGGCUUUUGGAGAAGAGCAUGGGGUGCCAGCCCCUGCCGAGCGCAGAGACACCUUCCCGCAGCCCCCGUCACCCCCAGCCCCACCCAGCCUGGCCAGAGAGGGACAGUCCUGGCCCAGACUGACAACCAAAGGGCGGAGGCGCGCUGAGGGAACCCUCAGGGAGAACCGUCUGUUGGCUGACCUGCACCCUUUUGGCUCAUCGCUCCUCAAGCUUACAGGCUCUGCAGUCGGUUGUGCAGCACCAACCCCUCUUGCGUCCCUGAACCCGGGGUUUGCCACCGCUGUCUACGUUUACGGGAUUCUGAUGAAAGGCCCAGAUCUCGUUGAAGCUAAGAGCUGCCCCAGCUCGACGGCGUGUGCCUGCGCGACGGCAGCUCCUCAGCCUGGAUGGCAAUGUGGCAGGGAAAGCCUUGAGGCAAGCUGGCCCAACCUGCGGCCCACCCUUCCCCCUCAGGUUUCCCUGCAGCCACACAAAUGCCUGACAGGCUUGUCCAGGUCAGCCCUCUCCAGCAGGAAUAAGCCGAGCCAUGAAGAGAGCAGUGCAGCCGCCCCAGCCCCUCUACUCGGUGAGGACCUGCUGGAACAUGAGGGGGUUCCUCUCUUACCAGAGUCAUUUGUCACCUUCACGCAAGAGGGAGCCCAGAGGGACCUGCCCUGCCCGCUCCCCACCAGCUUUGGGCCAUGUCCUGGGGGGCGGUGACCCCCCAAACCCUGACACAGGGGCUCCUCUCUGGGGCGGCUGCUCCCCGAUGGCUUCACAACCUCCUGCACCAGCGCAGCCCCGGGUCACCGUGGCAGCCAUUUAGUGUCGGCGCGAUGUCACCAUUGCAUCACAAUCGUGGCCCUUGUUUUAGGGGGCUGAAGGAGGCUCAGCUGCCGCUUGGACUGCAUGCCAGCCAAGGAGCGUUUGGACAGGAGUGGGAAAACCACCUCGGAGAUGGCAGGAAAAUCCCACAAGCAGGUAGAAGCGGGGUGAUUUGGCAUCACCCCAACCUCUCCUCCCCUGGUGGCAUCCCGCCGGGUUUUUCGGCCUCCCCAGCUCUGACCCCUCUGCACACCCCUUGUCACACAGAACCACUGGAAGAGAAUAUUCUUGUGCUCCCUGCAAGAGAUGGAGGAGUGGAAGCUGACACUGCUGAUCUUCACCUCCAGCCUGAGCCUGUGGGGGCUCCUCAUGCUGGUGCUGCCCUGCGGCCCCAGCCUCUUGGCUGUCCUGGCUCUGGGCAUCCUCCUGGGCUGCUGGCCCAUGGGCAAGGCCAAGGUAGGUGUCUGCCUGGCAUCACCCCAAACGCUCCCAUCAGGGGGCAGAGCCUGUCCUCAGGGUGCUCAGGAGGGGCCCCAUUUUGGGAGGAGGGAGCAGUGAGCAGUGGCUGUUGCCCACCCAGCCCGGCCCCCGUUCGGGGGCCACUCCUGUCCCUGCGGCUCCACUGCCCCCUUUCCAGGGCUCACUAACCCAGGCCUCGCUUUCUGGGGACAGGGGACCUCUGCGGAGAGGAACAGAUGGAGAAGCCAGAGGAAGAAGGAUGACGUGAUGGGUAGGUGAAGCAGCCCCAGAGCUGCGCCGGACUCCGCAGAGGCUCCCAGCUGAGGGACGUCAUUGUACCUGCAGCCCUCGUGCCAGCUGCCCCUCUGCUUCCUUCCCCAGCCACAGUCUUCGUCCCAAGCAAAGGCCUGGAGUGCAUCAUGAGGAGCCAGGUGGAAGAGAGCUGGAAGCUCCAUGGAGGAGACUGGAGGGCAAUCGGCUUCGGCGAUGAAGCGGCUGCUGCAGGGGAGCUCCCGCAGGAAAAAGGAGACGGGGCUCAAGGUGGGAAUGUCAGUGCUGCCACCAGCUUGGAGCUCCUCCCGAACCAGCCCUCCUUGGACAGCGUGGAAGAGCUCGCCACGUCCCUGAUGGAGUCCCUGGACAUGGCCCAACUCUGCCGUGACCUGCUGGGAAAACUGAAGGAAUCUGUCAACUGCAACGCCGCGACCCCCUGCAAGGACGUCAGGCAGGAGUACGUGGUGUGCCUGCAGUGCCGUCAGUGCCUCACCUGCUGCUGCCUGUACUGCAGCGAGGCCGCAGCUGAUCAGCACCUGCCCACGCUGGCCACCAUCCUGCACUCCGUGGACUUGCUGGUGCACGAGGAGGAGGUUCAGGUGGAAGUGGGGCUGUGCUUUGAGCUGGCCCUCGGCGGGGAGCUGUUCCACGGGUGGGAGGUAACCCAGAGGUUCCCCGAAAUACCCCCGGAGAGGUGCUGCCAGGAGUGCGGCGCGCCUCUGCCCAAGAGCCCUGGGCACGGCGAGAGUUCUUGGCCAGCGGUCCCCAACCCCAGCGCCCAGGGCACAGCAAAGGGGCCCGAAGGAGGUGCAGACCUGCAGCCAGCUGGGCCGGGGGUGCCUCUCCCCACCGCAGUCCCCACGUGGCCCCUGCCCCCCUGGGCACAGCCCCCCUCUCCUGAGGCCCUGGACCAGCUCCAGAACGCUGGGAUGGAGCCCCUGCCCUCAGUGGGGUACAGGGCCGGGGAGCAGGGGCUCAGUCUUAAGUGCUUCCGUCGGUGCUGCGCCAAACUGAAGGAUAAACUGCAGAGGUGCGUAGCAACGGAGUGCUGCUGCUUGAUGGUGGAAGGGAGCGUGGCACCCAGUGGCGCUGCAGAAGAGGACCAGACGCUGCCCUUGGAGAGCCUGUUUACGGCCGACACGCUCUGCCAUCACACGGGGAUAGAGGCAUGAGGGAACCCCACCAGAAGUGGAGGGUGAGGUCCUGCCACACUCACCCUCAGCCGCACCGGGGCCAGCCAGACACUGAGGUUCCACUGUUGGGAAAAUGUUGCAAUGCAGUGCUGCUGCACAAGCUGUUCUAUCAGCUCUGUCCCCUGUAUAGCCCCAGCCCAGGGCUGCAAGCACAGUCAACUGAAUAGAGCAUCAAUACAAUGUUGUAACAAAGGUAAUGAUGGGCCUGACAGUUCAAAGGAUGUUGAUGUAUGAGAAACUGGCCCUUAGCUACCGAAGUGAUGGGAGAUCUAUCAUUGUGGCUACUAAGAACUGAGACGUACAGAACUUGAGGUAAUCGUCCUUGAAGACUAAAAGAAAGAAGAAACAAAA